CGUGACCGAGGGCGUGACGUUGCUGCUGCUGGCCCUCCAGACGGAUUUGCUGGGCCUGCAGCUGCUCCAAAGGACCUUCCUCCUGAGCAUCAUCCUCUUCAUCGUGGUGACGUCGACCCUGCAGUCCAUGAUCGAGAUAGCGGACCCCAUUGUCCUGGGCUUGGGGGCAUCCCAGAACAGGAGUGUUUGGAAGCACUUCCGGGGGGUCAGCAUGUGCCUCUUCCUUUUGAUCUUCCCGGGUUUCAUGGCCUACAAGAUCGCCCACUUCUUCCACAUGGACUUCUGGCUCCUGAUUCUCGUUUCCAGCUGCAUGCUGACCUCCCUGCAGGUGAUGGGGACCCUGUUCAUCUACGUCCUCUUCAUGAUCGAGAUCUUCCAAGAGGCCCCCAUGGAGAAGAUGGACGAGAUCAUCUAUUACGUCAAUGCCGUCAGCCGCGUGCUGGAGUUCCUGGUGGCCGUCUGCGUGGUGGCCUACGGGACCUGGGAGUCCGUCUUCGGGGAGUGGAGCUGGCUGGGCGCCUCGGUCAUCAUCAUACACUCAUACUUCAACGUCUGGCUGAGGGCACAGUCCGGCUGGAGGAGCUUUCUGCUCCGCAGGGAGGCAGCCAAGAAGAUCAACUCGCUGCCGAGGGCCACGCGGGGGCAGCUGGCAGACCAUAACGACGUGUGUGCCAUUUGCUUUCAGCAGAUGACCCUGGCCGUCAUCACCCACUGCGGCCACAUCUUCCACGGGGGCUGCCUUCGCAAAUGGUUCUACGUGCAGGACACGUGCCCCCUGUGCCACCAGCCGGUCAAGGCCUUGGCCAGCAAGGAGAAUCGGGCGAACCACAGCGGCGCGGAAGAGGCGGAGCCUCCCUCCGAGGAGGAGGAGGAGCCACCUAGCCCCGAGGAGGAAGAAUCUGCUGCCCGCAGUGCCGCAGAGAGCACAGACUCGGCGGGGACCACAGAGAGACGCGGGACAGAACGGCAGGGUUUGGGACUGACGGGCCAGGAAGAGCUGCCGCCGCCGGAGGAAUCUGGGGAGUCAGCGGAGAAGGUUCCUGACCAGGGAAUUCCCCAGAGUGAACCGGAAGCGUCCAGUGAUGUGGCGAAUAGUGUUCCUCAUGUGCCUCUGCGGGUGGAAAGCCCGCCUGUUCAGGGAAGCCUCAGGAAAUCGCAUUUGGGCGACUCGGGCGCCAGAUCGAGAGGAGAUCCGAGGCAAAGCAGUCCUGAGAGCCAAGCUUCCCGGGGCGAGUGCGGGGCCCUUGAGACGCGAAGCAGCGCUGGCCCUUCUCUGCCUGCUGUUCCAGGGGGCCUCGUCAAAGACAGUCCACAGGUGCCCGCACAGAGUCAAUUAACUGUUGCAUCUGCAGGGGGCGAAACUGAGAUCUCAGGCAGGACACGACUAGAAGCUCCCGAUGGCCGUCUGGAAGACAAUUGCCCUGCCUCCCCCUCUUCUUAGCACUAUCCCACCCCCCACCCACCCCAAAUCUCUAUGGCUCUUUUGUCCUUCCGGCUGGUUGUCUCCUACUACCCUUGCCACUUCUAGGGGAGUAGAUCAGCCCCUGUAGCCAAAAGCUGCUCCCCCGUGAGGAGUCGUCCUUGGCCCUCAGCAAGGGAGCAGGACGGCUGGAUCCAGCUUCUCGGGGGUCUAAAUGGCCCCUUGCUUCCCCCUCCCACCAGAGUCUGUGCCUUCAAGCCCUUUUGGUCUCCACCCAAGGCUCAGGGGCUUAAAAAAAGACGGCCGAUGGAUGACCGAAAGCCAGGCAUAAACGCCUCCGCUCCGAAACCUGACCGCACGGCGUUGUGCGUCAAAGGCUUGCACGGGAAUCCAAGAUACCAACCGCCUUGUUUCGCCGAGGGGGCGGGGGCAGGGGGGGGAACAAGACCUCGUUGCAACUUGCCCAGAUUUUUCGCUCUGUCCCCCUGGCAUCCACCAAGUGCCACGGCGCUCAUUUGCGGCCGGUUCCUUCUGUCCGAGCGUGGGAGCGGCCAGGCGGAAAAAUCCACGAGGAGCCCAAACUUCUGCUGGGUUUGGGAAAUGGGGGCUGCCGCGAAACGACGCCGGUGAGACGUCACAUCAGCCUGUUUUGUGAUGUGGAGAUUUGUAGUACAACGUGUGGGGGAGGGGGAGGGGGAGGGGAGGGCGCCCAUGAACAGACUCUGCUUGGGAGCUCAAUAAAAAUAAUAAACAACAGCCACCGUGGGCUUGCGGGGUGUCAUUGUUACCAAAACCAGCCCUGCAAGGAUGCUAGCAAGGACUGGAUUGUAGCCUGGGUGUAAAAGGGGAGCUGU